GGCACUCCUCGUUGUCCAAGUUGCGCGCUUUGUUGGGUCAGGGGCAUGAUCUCCAGCGUAAUCUCCCGGUUGCUACAAAAGUUGGCGGUCGUCCCCUGGUGUUUCGUGUUUCCUUUCUUUUUGUUCCGUUUCUUCCUCAUCCACACUGAUCUUUUUUUAUCCCUCAAGCAUAUCGCUUGCAGCUUUUUUUUUCGACUUCGGUCGCCGACACUCUUUUAUCCAACUAAUAUCACUCUCUUUUUUAUUUACCGCGCAAAACGCGAUAAUCCACCCUUCCACACCAUUUUUCGCCAUUUUCUCCAGUUGAAAGUUUGAUACUUUUAAUCAGUCACAAUGCGUUUCACUGCUGCUUCCGUCGCUCUCUUCGCAGGCGCUGCCCUUGCCCUCCCCGGUUACGAGCAGACCGUCUACUCCACGCGCGAGGUCAUCGUCACCGACUGCGGUCCUGAGGUCACUGACUGCCCCGGAAACAACCCUGUUCCCACCGGCACUGGCAUUCCUCAAGAGCCCGCCCCAACCGAGUACUCUACUCGCUACAUCACCGUGACCGACUGCGGCCCUGAGGUCACCGACUGCCCAGCUGAGUCCACUCGCACUGAGACUCUCGUUCCAACCGGCAGCGACGACAGCCCAACCGUCCCAACCGAGAACCCCCCAUACCCAACCGGCGGUAACCCAGGCCCAAGCACCUCCAUUGUCACCUACACCACUUGCAUCCCAACUACGACCACCUCUGUCGUCACCCUCCAGCCUCCGGUCGUCCCAACUGGUGGCGUGCCAACCGGUGGCGUCCCAUCUCAGCCAACCUGGCAACCAACCGGCGGUGUUCCCUCUGCCCCAAGCGGCUCUGGCGUUCCCCCACCACCAAAGGGCACCACUACUCCCCCACCAUUUGAGGGUGCUGCCAGCACCUUCGGUGGCUCCUUCGCCGUCGCUGGUCUCGCUGCCAUUGCUGCCGUUCUCUUCGCGUAAAUUUCUUUUCGUUGACGAUACCCACGAUCUGUUCCAUUGAUACCCCCUGUCGUCAUGUUUGCAACAUCAGGACGUUGGGCGUGCUAUUGGAGCAUUCUCUCUGGGCUUUUGAGGCGAGGAGGUUGAACGGGGUUGGGUAAACGGCGGUGGAUGUCCCCAGCUUCGCUGGCGGUUGACUUCGGAGACAUUGUCAAAGUAUCUUCUCAGGCGUCGAUCUCUAGCAGAGAGCGCACGUGCUGCUUUCAACUGUGGAUAUCUAUUUACUCAAGAAGACAAGAAUUGCCCUUUUUUCCAUCUCGAAAGCUCGGCGGCCCCCCGUUCGUGCUUCCGUCGAACCGUUUUUGGCUGAUGUCCUUUUUUCUUUUUUCUUUUUUCUUAACAUGUAACAAUGCCUUGCUUGAAGAAAUAUGAGUAUAAUUUUUUUUUUUUUUUCCCUGUCGCUCUGAGGUCUGGCCCUGUGCAUCGACACGAUGGGAAGGCUUGCCAGUGAUGAAUCUUUUAAAGAUAACUUUAGUAAUCAAAUUCAUUUUUUUACUCUUCA